AUGGGGAAGAAGGAUAAAAAUGAGGAGCGGAAGGAGAGAAUCCUGAAUCUCACACUGGAGAUUAUCUAUCUGCUGACUGGAGAGGGCUACGUCAUCCCUAAGAAGAAGAGCCCAACUGUGGGUUUGGGGGCCCUGCAUGCCCCUGGCUCCGUCAUACAGAAGGAAAAUGACAAGAAGAUCCUGGAACUCAUCUCCAACAUCAUCCAGCUGCUGACUGGAGAGGUUGCCAUAAGGUGUGAGGAUGUUUCCAUCUAUUUUUCCUUGGAGGAGUGGGAGUAUAUAAAAGGAAACAAGGCCCUUUACAGGGAAGGGAUAAAGGAGGAGGAGGAGGAGCCCCAGCAGCUCCGCCCACUGGGUAAGUAAUAGUUUCUAUUAUAUGCAGAGCAUAGAAUCUAUACAGAUGUGAAUUAAGAGGGACAUGUAUGUCAAACUGAGUAUCUAUUUAGGCUAUGUAGAACAUGUAGAACAUACAAAGUCUUUGUAGAAAAAUUGGCCUCAGUAAUAAACACUCCUAGGAAAGGACUAGAGCCAAUUUAACCCUUGGGCUCACUGCCUCCUGGCAUGCCCAUCAAAGUAACUAAAAAAAACCAAAAACCCCACACAAUGGUAACACCAGGUUGAUAGCUAGAAGCCGCCACACCAUCUAUUGGUCCCCCUUGUGGCUCUUCUAGUGACAUCAUUUCCUGGGUCCUAAAUUAUCGUCAAACUAUCGUCAAAUAAAUAUCGAUAUUUUAUGAGUUCUCACAAACAGAGGAGCUGAAAUAAAACAACCGAUUUUGAAUCUGUGAGCUAUAAAUAUCAUGGGAAACCCAAGAAUAUUAAUAAACUAUGCAAAAUUCUCGAAGAACUUCCAUCAGAUUGAACAUUUAGGGGGUGAUUUAUCAAAGUUAGAUUUUUUUCGGUUUUGGUUCAAAAACUUGAA